CUAGGAAGGGUUUGGCUCCAGGGUGGGACAGCUCGUACACAUUCGGGAAGCUGUGUCCAUAGACAUUUUCAGACAGGCACCGGAGCGCAUGGCUUCCCCAAAGCCCUCCAGGAACUGGAGAGACAGCCUUAAGGAUUCGAGUGGGGAGAUGAGCUCAGGUAUGCAGCUGGCCUGUGCACACAAGGCCAUCCCCACAGCUCACGUCACUUUCGUUAUUGACUGUGCAACUGGGAAACAAGUCUCCCUAGCCGCGUCCACAGGGCCACCCCAAGCAUCAAGAGCCAACCAGGGAUGUGUCACCCCGCCCAUGAAGACGUUUGUUAUGUUCUGUGGAAAAAACACACUGCCUGGGACUCCGGACAUUUCUCUCAGUCGUAGACCCCUUGAUGGAGCCAAGGAUAACUUGCCACCCUACAGAGGACUCGGGGCUCCAGAUUCCCUCCCUGCCAGCCUAUCCGGUCCCCAGAAUGAUCCUAAAGCCAAGGGUAGCUCCUUGAAGGCUGGAGCUACCAAAAAGCAGUCAACGCGGGAGAAGGUCAAGCACUCGCUGAAGACCCUGUCCUGUCUCUGCGGGAAGAUGGAGUAG